CGAUUAAUGUGCUGUCUUUAUGGCUUCAUCUGCUUCAAUGUGCAGGCAGUCCUGUUCUUGGGUAUUUGGCAGCUGGAAUUCUGAUUGGUCCUUAUGGCCUUUCGAUAAUCCGUAAUGUGCAUGCAACCAAGGCCAUUGCAGAGUUUGGAGUUGUUUUCUUGCUUUUCAACAUUGGCCUUGAGCUCUCUGUUGAAAGACUGAGUUCCAUGAAGAAGUAUGUUUUCGGAUUAGGCUCCGCUCAGGUUCUAGUGACAGCAGCAGUAAUUGGAUUGAUUGCCCAUUAUGUUGCUGGUCAGGCUGGUCCAGCGGCAAUAGUUAUCGGAAACGGCCUGGCACUGUCCUCCACUGCUGUUGUCCUUCAGGUUCUACAAGAACGGGGUGAGAGUACAUCUAGACAUGGACGGGCUACAUUUUCCGUCUUGCUUUUUCAGGAUCUAGCUGUAGUUGUUUUACUGAUUCUCAUCCCACUUAUCUCACCUAAUUCAUCGAAAGGAGGGAUUGGGUUUCAAGCAAUUGCUGAAGCUCUUGGACUUGCUGCAGUCAAAGCAGCAGUUGCUAUUACUGCUAUAAUUGCUGGUGGUCGUCUUCUUCUUCGGCCAAUCUACAAGCAAAUUGCAGAAAAUCGAAAUGCCGAAAUAUUCUCUGCCAACACACUUCUUGUUAUCCUCGGGACUAGUUUACUGACAGCUAGGGCUGGACUCUCCAUGGCAUUAGGAGCGUUUUUGGCUGGUCUACUCCUUGCGGAGACAGAAUUUUCCUUGCAAGUGGAAUCAGAUAUUGCUCCUUAUCGUGGUCUCCUGCUGGGGCUCUUCUUCAUGACGGUUGGCAUGUCUAUUGAUCCGAAACUUCUUCUUUCGAAUUUCCCUGUCGUAGUGGGGAGUUUGGGGGUCCUGAUAGUGGGCAAGACUAUAUUAGUGGUGAUCAUGGGCAAAUUGUUCGGAAUUUCAAUCAUAUCUGCAAUUAGAGCCGGUCUUCUUCUUGCCCCAGGCGGAGAGUUUGCAUUUGUUGCUUUUGGAGAAGCUGUCAAUCAGGGUAUAAUGUCUCCUCAGUUGUCUUCGUUACUGUUUCUUGUUGUGGGAAUCUCUAUGGCUAUCACACCUUGGUUAGCGGCUGGUGGCCAGUUAAUUGCAUCCCGGUUUGAGUUGCAUGAUGUUCGAAGUUUAUUGCCGGUUGAAAGUGAGACCGAUGAUUUGCAGGAUCACAUAAUUAUUUGCGGAUUUGGACGAGUUGGCCAGAUUAUUGCUCAGCUUCUCUCAGAAAGACUAAUCCCAUUCGUCGCCCUUGAUGUCAGCAGUGAUAGAGUGACGGUGGGACGCUCCAUGGAUCUUCCUGUUUAUUUUGGAGACGCUGGUAGUAGAGAGGUUCUCCACAAAAUUGGAGCAGAGAGAGCAUGUGCUGCUGUGGUUGCUUUAGACGCACCAGGAGCAAAUUACAGAUGUGUGUGGGCUUUGAGCAAGUACUACCCCAAUGUGAAGACCUUUGUUCGUGCGCACGACGUUGUUCACGGUCUUAAUCUUGAAAAAGCUGGUGCUACUGCUGUUGUACCGGAAACUCUGGAGCCAAGUCUACAGCUGGCAGCCGCUGUUCUUGCUCAGGCCAAAUUACCGACAUCAGAAAUAGCAAACACGAUCAACGAGUUCAGAACCCGACACCUGUCUGAACUAACGGAGCUAUGUGAAACAAGUGGAAGCUCAUUGGGGUAUGGAUUCUCGAGGACGACGAGUAAGACUAAAGCACAAGCGUCUGAUGCAUCGGACGAUAACCAGAUAAUGGAAGGAGGAGGCACACUUGCUAUCUGAUGACCUUUCGUUAAGAACAAGUACAGUUUUCACUUUUUCAACAAUCUUGGGGUGGUUAUUGUUACCUUUAUAAUGUAUUUCAUGCGAUCGAAGAUCCAUCAUAUAUGAUCAAUGUUCAGUACAUAUAUCUCUGAUUUGAGUUAAGUUUCUGAUCUGAGAAGAAAAGCACAUUUGAACAAUUCCAGAAGGAGAUAUGAUAAAGCCAAGGAAUGUGUUUAUUUGUA